AAUAACAAUAACAAUAAUAAUAAUAAGAAUAAUAAUAUAAUAAUAAUAAUAAGAAGAAGAAAAAAAAUUUAAAAAUAAAAAGCUAUGUUGCGGCCAUUACAGCCGCGACCACGUCCGCCUCCACUGCCAUUUCCGCGACCGCGGCUGGACGGUGGCGCUGUUUCGCGCCGCAGCUUAUUCAUCUUUCUUCUAUAUUGGCGAAUGAGCUGCUUUUUUGUUCUGUAUGACUGAAAAAAUAAAUAUUAUGUUAUUAUUCAUAAACAAUGAAUACCAGAAAAAUCGUACGAACAGGUAAGUAAAAAAACUACUUACGUUUUGCACCUCAGGCUCAUACAGCUCGUUCAGCUGUGACACGUGCGGUUGAUACGGCUACGGAAAGAAUCAAUAUUAUAUUAUUAUAUAUAAACAAAAAAUAGCAGAAACAACGUAUAAACAUGAACGCGAAAAAUAGGACUUACUGUAUGUCCUGCCGGUUGUUUCUGCGGCUGUUGCUGUGGUACUGGGGGCGGCUGCAAAAAUAAAUAUUCUGUUAUUAUGUGUAAACAAAGAAUAGCAGAAAUAACGUAUAAACAGGAACGUACAAAAACGACUUACGAUAUACUGAGCCUGUUCUAUUUUUUGCAGCAGUUGUUGCAUCUGCAGCAUUUGCUGCUGCUGCAUCUGCAGUAUCUGCAACAGUGGUUGCGGUACAACUUCUGGUUGCAACCGCAACUGCUGCACCUGCUCUUGCAGCUGCAACAGCGGCGCCGGUUGUGGUUGCGGUUGCGCUUGGAGAUCACCGCUUUUAUCUUGUGGACACGAGUCUAGAGAAGGCAAUUUUUUAACUUUUUUAUUUUAGCCUGUGAUGAAAAUGUAAAAUAUGACAUGUGUAAAAAAUAUGUUAUGUGUAUGCUGAAAAUUUCAUUGAGAUCGGUCAAUGCACUGAGAAGUUACAAUUUCUGAAAAUCGUGGCUUUUCAUCUAAGAACGUGACUAGUUAUGUUCUUAGAUUGCGAUUCUCGGAAAUUUUAAUUGUAACUUCUAAAUGCAUUUACCGGUCUCGAUGAAAUAUUAAAACCAUGCACAUAACUCAUUUGAAUCUACGAAAGACAUUUUUUAAAUUUUCAUUAUAGGCUCACAUAAACCCACUGUAUAUGAGACAAAGCAAAAAAUAUUUUUGGUACAAAUGGUCACCUUAUUAUAAUUGUCAAUGACACUCGCGAAGUAAAGAAAACAAGAAACACUUACUGUCGCCUUUUUCCAUUUUCUGUUCACUUUCUCCGAAACCUUGUGCACGGUCCAAGUUCAACGACGCCAGUGAAAUUGGAAAACGAGAGCGCGUUGGCGUUUCGUUUCUUUUUAGAGCGUCGCCAUGGCUGUCGUUGUUAUUUCUUUAUUUCUAACAAUAAGGCCUCUUCGCAUAGAAGCCAUACAUAUAUAUAAGACAUCUUCGCAUAGAAGACAUACAUACAUAUAUAUUAUUGAUAAAAUUUCCAAGCAUUUGUGAAAAAAAUAACCACAAAUGGGAAAUACAAAAAAUACCAGGAGAAGACUCUCCCUCAAAAAAGCUUAUAGAAAACUGUAAGUGCUAACAAUUUAUAUGUACAUUUCAGUAACUUGUGUGAAUUGUCCUACAUUCGUUUUACUUUGCAGGCGACGGAAAGAAUGGGAAUCGUCGACAACGACGAUUCAAGCUGAUGCAGUUUUCGAAGACAAAUAUUUCGAAAAUAAAGAUGCGGGGCGCAUCUCAGAAUCGAAAAACGUCCUAUUCGCAAAUAAAAAUAAAGAUGAUCCGGGGCGCAUACCAGAAUCGAAAAACGUCCUAUUCGCAAAAAAUAAAGAUGAUGCGGGGCGCAUCCCAGAAUCGAAAAACGUCCUGUUCGCAAAUAAAGAUUUUGGGCGCAUAUCACAAAACGUCCUUCGCGAAAACGACGAAACUGUCGUUGUACAAUGCGAUUCUACAAGUGUGAAACCCACUGUAGUAGUACAAAACGUCCUGGACGAUAGCGACGACAAUCUUAUCGUAGACGUCGGACACGAAGAUAUGGGACAUAUUUCGGAAAAUGUGCCAGAUGGCCGCCGCAUUGUUGACGUUCAGUUCUUUUGGAAUGAAAUACAUAGAACGUUCGACAAUCAUGCGCGAGGUAUUGAAUGUCAUUUUCGCGAUUGGAAAAUGAUCGGUAGUCGCCAGCAUGGGUGUCUGACACAGCUUUUCUUCAAGUGCCAAAUGUGCAAUUACGAAGAUACUGUUUGGUCGGAACCUAUGAAUUCAGAUAUAAUGAAUAUAAAUGAGGCCACGACAACCGCGACUGUUACAGUCGGAAUCGACUAUGCACAAUUAGAAGAAUUAUGCGCCGCCCUGAACAUGCCCUGCAUGGCUGAAACGACGUACCGGAGGUACCGUGAAAAACUUGUAGAUCAGUUUAUGAAAAGCGCAAUGUAUACCAUACAGGCAGCCGGUGAAGAAGAAAGACGAUUAGCUUUUGAAAACAAUGAAGUCGUCGACGGUAUCCCAUAUAUAACUGUCAUAGCGGAUGGUAGCUGGAUGAAAAGAUCGUAUGGAACGAAUUAUAAUUCACUUUCCGGUGUCGGUGCCGUUGUAGGUUUCCGCACAGGAAAAGUUCUGUUUAUCGGCAUACGCAAUAAAUACUGCACAAUAAAAGACUUACACUAUACAGAUAUUACGCUAAAGUUCACAAGAACUCAAAACGCACUUUAAAAGGAAAUCUCACGAGAGAAAAUUCAGCAAGGAAUGCGAUUCUGAAAUUUUCACGGCUCCGAUUUUAAUCGAUAUGUUUCAAUGCCGGAGGAUGAAGAACAAUUGCCAUUCAGGACAACUGAAUAAAAGUUAAAUAAACAAUUUGAAAUCGAGCGCCGGAAGAGGAAACAUACAGGCGACGACGCGACGACGCCGCACCCCCAUCACUACUUUUUCUUCCGUCCCUCCCAGUAAAUUCAUAAAAUGUGUUUUCCAUUCUUCUUCUUUUAUGUUCGUCUGUGGCUGCCCUCUCUUUUUUCUUUCCCUGUUGACUAUUCUCCAUACAUCUUUGUCCGUUUUCACUCCCUCUAUCUCUUUUAUAAACCUUUCGUUUUCUUCUUUCUUUUUCUCUUCGCAGAGCCUAUUAUAUUCUUUCUUUGCCUUUUUGUAGCUCUCUACCUCUUCUCUCCCUUUUCUCCAGUCUCUUAGCACUUUCCUAACCUCUUUUUUUCUCUUUUUACAUUCCUCGUCCCACCAUCCCUUUUUCUUGUUCUUUUGCCCUUUUUUUCUUCCUCUCUCUAGCCCUCUCUUGAUCUCCUCUAUCGUUGCUUCCAUGUCCUCGUUCAGUUCCUUAAUCUUCUCUUUCCUCCAGGUUAUUCCUUCUGUGAAUUCCUUCCUCCCCUGUUCUGACCAAUCCCCUCUCGGUGCUGCUCUUCUCCUCCUUCCUAUAUCUGUUGUUUUCUCUUCUCGCCCUCUCAUUUCCACUACCAGCGGGUGGUGGUCUGAGUCUAUCUUGUCCCCAAUUUCCAUCCUUUUUAUCCCUUCCCUCCCUUCCUCCUCUGCAAUAACGUAAUCUACCACCGUGUCUCCUCUGGCCCCUGUAUAAGUGAAUUUCCCUUCCUCAUCCCCCUCUAUAUUUCCGUUCAAGAAUGACCAACCUGCCUCCCUCAGCAUCUCUAGUAACCUAUUUCCUUCCGCAUUGAUUUUCUUAUCUUUGGACUUUCUUUUCCCUUCUCCUUCCUCCUCCUCGUCUUCUGGUUUGAUUCCCCCCUCCUCUCCAGUUCUCGCAUUGAAAUCGCCUCCUAUCAGCGACCUUCUUCCUCCCCCUAUUUCUUCUAACCAUGGUCUAAGUUCCUCUAUCUUUGCGUCUAUGUCUCCAUUUACAUACACCCCCACAAUCCUCCAGUCCAACUCCCCCCUUUGCAUUCUGCCGUUAUUAUACCCUCUUUCCCCUCCUCUGUUGAUAUCCCCCCUUCCCUUCCCAGUAUCUCUUCCUUUACUCCCAUUAUCAUCCCUCCCAUUGCUCUUCCUUUUCUGUUUUUCCUUCUCGCUGGCUGCGCUUCCCACCUGUAUCCUUUAGGCAAUCUGUCCUUCAUCUUGUCCCAUCCUUUCUCUUCCAGCCAUGUUUCUAUAAGCACCACCGCGUCCCAUUCCUUUACUGUCUCCCAGAAGUCUACGUCUUUAUUCUUUACCCCUGCGCAGUUCCAGAAUCCUACCGUCCAGCUUCCAUCGUCCUUCUUUUCUUCUUUUCUUGUCCCUUCCUUCUUCUCCCUUUUCCUUUCUCUUGCUGCGUCCUUUCCUUCUUGCUCCCUGUUGUUCCCCUCGGUCACUUCCUUAUCUGAUCCUCUGGCUUUCUUUUUUCCUUUCCUUUUCUUUCCUCCUUCUGUGUAUUUACGCCCUUCUCUGUUUCAUCGAGCCCUAUGUCCCUUGCCCCUCUUCCCCCUUUCCCCUGUUCCUCUUCCUGCACAAGUUUCCAUUCCCUCCCCUCCCCAUCGGUUAGCAUCCCUUUUUCGUCAUCCUAUUUCCACCAUUUCCCUUCUAUUCUUAUUUUCUUGAAAUCUACUCAUACAUAUUUUCCUUUCUCUUUUUCUCCUCUUGCGAUUCUUCUUAAUAUCCACUGAAUCCUCCUUUCGUCCCAUGUGAGGUCGUCCUCCAAUCUCUCCUCCCUCCCCUUUAACGCCCUUUUGUUCUCCAUUAUUUUCCUCUUUAACUCGACCGUCUUUAUUUUUACUUGUAUCAUGUGUAUUUCUUUUCCCUUUUCAGCUGUUCCCACCGCUUUCACCUCCUCUAUUGCGUCCUCCACCCCCGUUACCUUUAGGGUCUUCUCCGCUCUUUCUUUCAUCUCCUCUAUUCGCUUUUACACCCCUGAUUAUUAUGUUCUCUUUCUCUCUUCUUUUUCUUUUCUCUCCCAUUUCCUUUCUAGCUCCUUCAGUUUUUCUUCAAUUUUUACCCCUUCAUUCCCCUCUCUCCUAUUCCUUGUGGCUUCUUGCACCGCCCUGAGCAUUUUCUCUUCUAUUGCCUUCCAUCUCAAGUCCCUCACUUCUCUUCUCUCUAACUCUUCCAUUUUCUUCGUCAUAGUUUCCAUCUUCCUCUGCAGCUCUCUUUUCUGGUCUAUCCAUUCUUCCUCUCUUCUUCUCAUUUCCUCUUUUAACUGCUCUAUCUCUUUUCUUAGGUACUUCCCUAGUAGCUUCAUAUUUGCGUCCAUCUUUUCCAUCUUUCCUCCUAAAUUUUUAUCCAUUUCUUUGAUUAGCUCGGUUAAUUGACUUAUCCCUCCCUCCUCUUUCUUCUUUUCUGGCGAUCUCCCUGUUAGCUUACUCUCUCCGAACAUCCAGUUACCUGUUUGUCUAUCACCUCCCUCGCUGGCGUCCUUUCCUGUUUCUGCCUCAUUUUCUGUAUCCCUCUUCCUUUUCCAUAUAUCCGCCAGGUUCGCCAUGCUUCCUAUGCUCUGGGACCUUUCACUUGUCAAGGUUUCCACUUGUCAAGAUCGAUGGCCUCCCUCUUCUUCCCCCUUUUUCUUGUUUCCCCUGCUCGUUCUUUCCUUCCCCUAUCUUCUUUCCCUCUUUCUCGUCUCCCAUCUCCCUCUUUUGUGCCUUGUCUCCGCUGCUGUUUCUUCCUUACCGGCUGUUUGCCUAUUCUAUCUCUUUCCUCUCCUGUGUCCUAGGUGUCGCUCUCUCCCUCCUCUUCUGUUGCUCACCGUUUCUCUUUCUUUAUUUCCCUCCUAACCUCAAACUGCUCCUUUUCCUUUUAUCGUUUCUCUUUCCUCCUUCCGCCCUUCCCGCCCCUUAGCUUAUCCCUCCUUGCCUUUUCCGGACUUUUCCGCUUCCUUUGGCGCGGUUCACCUCCUCCCACCCUUCUUUAUAACAGCUGUUCCUAGUAUUGUUGAGCACUCACUUAACACGUCUAUUCACAACCGUUUCCACAGGGCGAGUCCCCAUGUUUAUUUUAUAUAUAAAUGUUAAAUAAGUUAAUAAAUAUAUAUAAUUAUCAAUAUUUAAUCAAGUAUUAUGUUUUUGAUUAAUAAAAUAAAAUAAUUUUUAACAAAUUUUCUGACGUAAUUAUAAAAGAUAUUGAAAUUCUAUUUAUAGUAAAAGAUUCUGUAGACUUUCCUGAAUACAACGAUACCUAUCUUUAAUACAUUGUAAAUGUUUAAAUAUGUUUAAACGAUCAUUGAACGCGGAGGGACCCCGAUUUGGCACCAACUUUUUAGGAUAUUUUUCAAUUUAUCUGAAAAACUAGAGGUCCAGCGUAAAAUCGACUUAGACCACGCGAUAGAGCCGAUUUUUAUCUUGAAAAACCACCUGAAGAAAAUUGCAACAUCGAUUUUUUUAUUAAGCCAGAAAGCGAAAUAGCUUUGCGAGAGACAAAGUACCAACAGUGGCGUUCAAAUGUGUUUCAAUGACGAAUAUACACGUCGAAUGCAGUUAACUAGUUAAUAAUCGUAUCUGGUACUGCGUAUCUAGUACAUUAUCGUGUGCAACGACCAAGAUGGGUGUAAUUUAAUUCAAUCGCCAUUUUCUUGAAAAGGGGCAAAAACGGACAACCAAUUUUUUCUGAUUCUGAUAGAGGAAGGUUCACUCUUUCCUGCAGUAAUAAUUAAACUCGUCGCAAAUGGUUGCAACUUUUUAAAAUCCUACACAAAGUCAAGAUUUUAGUUAAACGUACUUUGUUUCAAUCAGGUCUUAUUAUUUAAAAAGUUGUUAACAUUUUAACUUACUUUAUGCACUGAAUAGAAUCUAUACUAAUCUAGUAAACUUUAUAAUUCAUUUCAUUUCAGUAAAGUUCUUUACAAUGGUAAAUUGAAGUUACGGAUAAUAUCAUCAGCGUUUAGUUCUGGCGAAUUUCUAUUGACUUUGAGUGCGGACCACAGCAAAAUGGAAACAAAUAUGAAAAAACGGAUUACACUACGUUAAACUACAGUUUAUUCUCUAUCGAUGUAUGUAAUUAGUUUUUCAAUUUUCGAAUUCACGAAAAUCGACUUUCGAUCGUCGAAAACCGGUUUGUCCCACUGUGCGCCGGUGUCUAGCAGGAGCUUUCCUCUUCUUUGCAUUCCGACCAGUUGGGCAGAGAUGUGUCGAAGUUCUCCGAAUAUGCUUGAUACUCGGGGCUCUCGUUCUUCUGGAUCGUCUCGUCCUCCUCGUUGAUGCUGUUCACUGGUGGUGAGAUUUUCCCUGACUGGGAAACACUGAUUUUUUCAGAAACACUGAUUUUGAGUGUGUCCUUUAGCACCACACUUUUAGCGCGUUAACUGUAAUCUCUGUUAUAAUGGUACAGCGUAAUUCGGUACCGUACUUUGUUUUUCGUUCGAUGAUCGAAUUUGUAACGGAGAUGAUGUGAACGGCCGUCGGACGGGCGCUCAGAUUUAAGGCGGCCGGAUUUAAAUAUGUAACCUAAACUAACCUAUCACAUCUAUAUAUGAUUUUAAUAAUAAUAAUAAUUUUCAAAAAUGUGCUAAUUAAAACCGUCGCCACACGGACCGCGGCAGCACUCUCCAGCGCGACCGGCAGCCACAUUGGAAGCCGGUCAUCUCUACCAAUCAACGUGCUUGACGUCAUCACGAAGCAACGCCAACGGCUCGUGCAGCCGAGAAGAGAACUUCUCGGCCAUUACUGUUCGACGAUACGCAGCGAAAACAUGUGUAUAACGAAUUGCUUAAUUUCCUUGUAUUAUUGAGUCUCGAUCGCAAAUUCGACGCUGUAAACGCGGAAUUCGCGCUGUCGGCCGAUGCUAUUGCGUAAACACAAGUGUUGAUUCAAAACGUGGUUUCAAUACAUCUCAACCUCAAUCUCGACCACCGCGACGCGUGUGAGACUCCUUGACUCGUCUCGAACUCUUUUGUCAUACUUGAAUUGUAAAUAGUGUAUAUAAUUUUCAGUGUCUUGUAAAUAUACUGUGUUUGUUCACUCAACGAGUAUUAAUUCGUCUCACCGUCAUUCCUUGAAACCGAACCGAUAUACUCGACUGAAAAUCGCGGACAAUCUCGAACUCGAACAAAUAAGUUUAAUAUUUUAUCUCCUACUCAACCCGAGGCGAUUGGAGGUGGGUAUAUUCAAGAAAGCGUUACCAGGACAAAUGGACUGCAAAUAUGCUGUCUGAUCUCGUAUAAUCGGCAAGUAUAAUCUUACGUAAUUAAUAUUACGUUAUCUAUACAUAAAUUACUUUCUUCACGGAUGGACGAGGUAGAAGAGGAAAUGAAAAAAAAGAAGACAGAAGAAACAGGAGAAAGAGGUCUAAGGAACGAAGUCAGAUAAAAAAGAAGAGAAAGGAGAAUCCGAGGCCGGCGACGUCGCAAAUAAAAAAAAUUCAAUACCACAUGACUCAAAUGUCAAUGUGGCGGCCGAUGUCGAUAAGGAAGAUUAAUCAAGAUUAUUCUCACCGCCACCUUUGUUGAACUAUGUUUAUUAUUCAUUUGUUACAUUUAAAAACAAAUUGGAAUUAAUUUUAUGAAUAUUCAUUCGGCGAAAUUUCCGUAAACCUGUCAAACCCGAUUUGGCUGAGACUUUGCAAAUAGCUUCAUUUUGCAUAAAAACAAUAUUUGCGAGAAGGAUUUUUGGCGACUCAAAGGUUUAGAGUCAAAAUUUUGCGAAAAACAUUUUAUCAUUUUGAUGUAAUUUCCUGCAUUAUCGACACCGCGUAGAAUAAGAUUACAACAGUUUGCCGCAAAAAGCGUGCUUCGCGCGCCUAAUUGAGAUAGGGGGAGAUCUUUUGUAAUUGUAAUUACAACAGUUUUUUGUAUACGUUUUGUAUUAAUUUCCAUUAUAAACAUAUUUAAUGUCUUCUAAUAAAUGAUGAAAUGGAUCUCCUCCGUUUUUCUUCACUUCGUAUCGCCACAAAUAUUCACAGAGAUGGUCAAUUAAAUCAUCUUGAUGAAUGCCACCUCUACUCAAACGGGCUCGUAAGCUCCGCCAUGAAGAUUCAAUAUUUUGUGUGUACGCCCCUAUUUCUGGAUCCACAAAAUUUUCACUGUGGUUCACAGUUUUGUGAAUGUAUCCAUGUCUAUUUAAAUUUUGAUACCCUUUCCAGCAGUCUGUAUGAAUUUCAGACCCUAUCGCUAUAUGCUUCUGAAUUAAGGCCAAAAGUGUUGUUUCAUCGCGUUUGUUGUUCGGGCAUAUUUCUAAUCUAUACUUAUUUCCGCCGCGCUCAAUCAUACCUAUUAAACAAUAAAAAUUCAACAGAAAUGCAAUUAAAAUGUAUGAAAUAAAUUUCAAAAAUAUAAAGAAGGUAAUUAUUCGAAAUAGAGUCGAUGCCAGUCACAAAAGUUGCCGGCCGCCUAACGUCCUAACCUAACCUGUAUUCGGAAUAUUUUUAAAUAUAUAUCUAGCGUACCAAGGAUCCAUAAUCCUUCUCGAAAACGUCCCUUUUCAAAUUUCCUCCGUCCAAUCUUACAUUCAUCUAUUUCCACUAUUAUUCCAGGACCACCAAGUAGUCCUUCCGUUUCAUAUUUUUUAUCAAGGGCUAUUGUGCAGACCUCUCUACAAAACGAAAACCUAUCUAUAAUUGUUUCCGAAGAGACCGUUUGUCCAUCAAUAAUGCUGCAUUCAUGCUGCGUUUGUCCAAAUGAGAAUUUCCAUGCAAAAGCAUACGUUAUUAUCAUGCAGCUUUCAAUACUUAGAUGGCAACGCUCAAACCUAUUUUCACAUAAAGUAAAUAACAGAAUAUAACAUAAACAUAAUUUCUACAUAAACACAAUGGGAAAACGUAAAUUAAACAGUAGAAAUAAUAAUAACCACGUAUUAUGUGCUGCUGCAAUACUAUGAUCAUACUUUCCAUGUUUGCGACAUCGAAAUUGCCCUAAACCUUCUUUCGAAUCAAUAUAAAUCGUUUUCUUUUUAUGUUUUAAACACCAUUUCUCUGUAGGAAUUAACUCAAUUUCCUUAAGCCACUCAAUUGCCACUUCAUGAUUACUUAGCUUUUUAGUAAGUGAAAAUAAGUUAAUAUAAUUCAUUAUAUAACUUAUAUAAAUAGAAAAAAUAGAUAAACAGAAAACGUGAAAAGGCCGAAUACAACAAUACAUUUGACGUAUCAACAAUUUAAACAGAAGAAGAUCGUUCAACGUCCUCAAGAAAGUUCGAAACACCCGCUUCAUUUUUUUUCGGCCUAUUUUAAUUUUGAGGUACGUCAGCAAUGUAGAAAAUAAUAUUAAAAUGAUAAAAAAAAUUUUUUUCGAAUCGCCGAAAAUCCUUCUCGCAAACAUUGUUUUUAUGCAAAAUGAAGCUAUUUGCAAAAUUUCAGUCACAUCGGAUUUGACAGGUUUUCGGAAAUACAGCCAUUCAUUCUUCCAAAAGCCUUUAAACCCAAAGGACGUGUAUAUCAUUAUAUUAACAAUUUCAAAUAUGUUAUUACAAUUUAAACGUAAUUCAUUCAAUUUAAAUGUGAAAAAAGCCCCGAUAUCAAAUUUAUCAAUUAUAUGUUUUCACGAUUGCCCGAUUCUUUAUAAUGGCGCUUACAUCGAUUUGUCGAACACCUGUAUAAUGGUGAAAAAUUUGUACAAUAAAAGUUGCUGUUAAAAAUAUAAAGGUAAAAAGGUGCCGAAGAGUAUACAAUGAUGCGCCGCUGUUGCAAAUAUAAAGAAGAGAAAUAUAUGUAUAAGGUGUUGAAGAUGUGUACAGUUUUGUGUCACAGUUUAACAUAUAAGGGAAAAAAUUAUUUGGGAAGUUGCUACAGCCCCCCCUCCCUCCUACGUUAAACAUUUUGAAAUGGAUAUCGAGGAAAAAGAUUUUAUAUAAAAUGAAAAAGACUGGAUUUGAAGCGCGGUGUCUACGGAUACGCUGAACUAGACAUUCCACGGUAGCUAUUUGAAAAUUGUCGAUACGGUUCUAUCCGUUGCCAUGCCCCUGGGAAUUUGGUGGGAAUUUUGCGGUAUAUAUACCGCUCGACCGACUGGUGCUGUCACUUUAAGAAAAGUAUAAUUUUUGAAAUAAAGGAGUAGUACCAGCUGAAGAUGUACAAUUGUGUCGAUCUGUUACCUUCUAUGCGCGAGUUAUUCCUUGCCUGGCGGACGGACAGGACUUAUGAUCCUGGGCAUAUUAACGUCCGGUACCGGGAAGCAAUCCGAUAAUGGCGAAGGGAGUAUCGCCAGUACCUGGACGACCUCUGGGACUGGGACGAGAACCACAUGCUGGACAUAGCUCCCCUUUUACGAUGACUUGUGUAAUGAGCAGAAAUAUAUGUGAUUGAUUUGUUGGAAUCCGUCUCUAUUUUCUUUUUAUUGUGUUUCCUUAUUUGUUUUAAUCUUAAUUCUUAGUAAUAAAGGAUUUCUUUGGGUUGGAAGCCGUGAUUCGUUGUUCCGUUUUGUUGCUGUGUUUGUGCCUUCGGUAGUUCUGGUAUCUGUAGAUCCGAGGGCCAUGUUGUUGGAGUGAUGGUCGGAUGGAUCUAUAGCUCGAUGUCUUCUGUCGUGAAUUUGCGGCGUUGAGGCUGGUCGUCGUUCCUGGUUCGUUUCCUGCAGUACCGAUAUCCUACUGCUGCUAUUAUCGCCAUAAUGACUAUGGUUAUGGCUGAUAGCGAACCGUAGGUAAUGUAGGCGGUGUGGGUUUGGGCGCGGUAAUGCUGCGCUAUGUCCUGCGCUUGGUCGCCUAUUUCUUGCAAGGUUAGUAGAUUGGUUGGGUCCAUUUUAAUGGGUGUGAACUUUGGCUGGUUUUCUUGGUGUUUUGUCAGGAUUUGGAUGUGAUGUGGGGUUAAAUCUGGAAUAAGGUUUGUUAUAUUGAGGCCGAAACUGGGUUUGAAGGUGUAGUUGAAUUUUUGGAUUUUUAUUCCGGAGGCCAUUAUUCUGGUGUGGUCGAUUAUCGCUUCAUAGUGGCCUUGCAGCUGUAACUACGUAGUUGCGGCCAUGCUGCGUCGAUCUGCCUACUCAACCAACUGCGAACAGUGGGAGACGACUCCCUGCAACAUGUAGCGGAUCGAGUCCCCAGAAUCGUAACCCAGGUUCGGCCUUACUGUCGCUGCGCUACUGUGACCGACCUCGGGUAUCUGUCGAGAUCUCUCGAAUUCCUCCUUGGUUCUAAGGGAUCUGGCGAAAAAGGUCUUCACCAGAAAACGUUGACGAGGGUUCUUAAGGAGAACCGUGAAAUUCUUCAUGGUGAAGGGAAGCCCGGUAGCAUGGCUCAGGAACUCUCUGUCGGCAGCCCAGCGGUUGCGAUAGAACACAAAAAGCGCUGGGUCGUCGGCCACACCGGGCAGAACCAGCAUGUGUCGUCGUCCAGCUUCCGGAUACUGUGAAGAAGAGUGGAAAAACAUCCAUGGCCCGUCAGAACCUGGGUAAGGUGAAAAUCUAAAAUGUUAGGACCCAAGCUGAUCCAGCUUACGAUGUCAGGGAUGAGCUUAUACGUCUAGCGUCCAGAAAUGGACCUCUGCCCUAACCGCCCUGUAGUUUGAGUCUUCUUUCCUUUCCUCGUUUUCUUUUAGGAGUAUCUUUUCCCUUUCCUGUGCGAUCAUGUCAAUUAGGGGGUGUCCAGUCAGAACACACAAUGAGUCGAAGGACACACUACUAUACGCCCUUGCAACCCUUAGGAGGGCAGUCUUCUGUGUGCUUUGCAGCAACUUGACGUUAUGUUGAUACAUUAGUGCUCUAGCCCAGAUAAGAGCAGCAUAUAAGAUCACUGACUCCGCCACGCUGUAGUAGAGGCUAUUUGCUUGUUGACCGUCGCCGUAGCUGUUUGUCAUUAGACGCGCAAGUAUUUGGCCGGCCUAGAGAUGGUUACAACUUGAAACUGAGACCAGGUGAGAGUUUUCGGCCAGUUAAUAGUAUAGCCUCGGUCUUCUGAUGAGCCAGGAUCAGCCUACACUCUUUGAUUUUAAAAUCACACCUUGUGAUUUUUAGAAUCAUAAUAGGAUUAAUAGAUUUAAAGAUAUUCCCUCUUAAAGUUUCUUAAAUUCGACCAAUCAAAACACAUUCGAUAUUUGAAAUCGAAUAAAAGAUUGCGACAUUCAUUUACUGAUUUAUUAGAAGCCACUUUUUACAAGUCAUUUUACUCCUUUACUCAAUAUUACCAAAUCUCCUGACUACGAAUAACCAAAGCUCAAAGUGUGAAAAAGAAAAUACAUUUAUAAACCUAAAACUAUUUAAAACAACACAAUCACUUCAACCCAAAAUCCGCACCAAACAGUGACUCGUGACGGAUGCAUUGGUGGCUGUUGAAGCACUUGUGGAUUUUCGGUCCCCUUAAUUCGACGGUUUUGUUUAUUUACGUAGCCACUAAGUUGAAAAUGCGCCAUAUGAUUUUCUUCGAAAAAUCACCAUCGCACAGUGGGGUAUUUGGCCCGAAAAGCCGGACAUAACUAUUUUAAAAUUAGCUCAAUCUUUAAAGUUCCAUAACUUCAUCAGUGUUUAUCCAAAAUUAAUGAAACAACUACCAUUUUAAAGCGUAAACCUUCUACUUUUUGAUGCUGCAGGUGAUUUUUAUAAAAUUAUUGCUAAAGAGGCAAAAUUUAAUUCAAAAGUGCGUAAACUGUAGAAAUUUCUUAAAAUUUGUUAUGUUCUCUGAAGUGUAAAUAGUAUCUAAUUGCGUAUCUUGCUCUGUCGGGGCAUGGAGCCGUCGUAGCAGAGUCGUGUACGAAUUUGAAGAUUGAUACUUAAAUAUUGUACUCGCGGAUUGUACUUCGCGGGUCGUGUUGAAGAUGUGUAUUAGUAUUACUGCGCGUUGACUCGAAGACGGAUAUUAUUGUUACUGCGAACUGUUCCUGCGAAUUGCUAACUACGAACUCGCGAGCGUAUUCGGUCGCGUUAUUUUAUAAUGAUGAAAAGGGCUUGAUUUGUCAAUUCGGGUGAACUACCUUCAUUCGGGUUGUCAGCAUUUUCACAGUACGCCGACCCGAAUGAACUGCUCACUCAGAAUUGCGAAACGAUGAAUUUGGAUGAUGAAAAAGGAAUUUAAAGAUUGCGUCACCGGACGUGACACUUAGCCGCCUAGAUUGUUGCAUAUCGGUACGAUAUCAACGAAUAAAUUUGUAAGGAUUUUAUAGUGCAAUUGUGUUAUCCAAAUUUAUAGUUUAUGCUGUUAUGAGUUAGAUGAAUUUUACAAUUUCUGAGAUGAGUGUAAUUACAAUAAUUUUUUGUUAGUUUGUGUGAUUUGUUGGGCUGAGUAUUUUUUUUUUGUACUUUUACUAAUCGGUGUGUUAUAAAGAGUAAAUGGUUUUUUGGGUGACCAUUUACUUACCUCCCCGCUGAGAUUGAAGCGGUAGUGGUGCAUGACGGAGUUAUAGUGCGUGUAUUGAGUAACUUUGUAGACUGACACUUCUGGGCUUCUUUUAUUAAAGGGAAAUUUUUAAUUCAAAGGUUUUAGAGUGGAAGACUGGCCUUGUUAGAUCCUUUAUUGCGGGAGGUAUGCGCUGAGGCAGCGAGUACUCUGUGGGAGCCUUGGGUGUGCUGACUCCGAGUAUUGUCAGGUGCUCCGUGGCUUGUAGUUACUUGAACCUUUUGUGCACCUGGUGGGGUGUUUGGUAUAUAUUCUUGUCUGGCGAGUGUUUUUUUUUUGUUUUUUAUUUAUUUCUUUUUUCUUAUGGUGUGUUUUGUUGUAGCGCACGAACGGGACGUAUACAAUCCCGGUCACAUCAACAUACUGUAUCGGUUGGCCGUGCAACAGUAGCGGAAGGAGUUUCGCCAAUACCUCCAGGACUUAUGGGAGUGAGACAAAGACCGUAUUUUAAAUAUUGCACCGCUCUUCAUUCAUUAGAAAUUUUUUUUGAAUAAAUCCUCUUUCAUUUUUAUUUUCAA